UUUCCCAGUUAAAAUCGAAUUAAAUAUCUCGAACGAGUGCGCGUUAGGCGCAUUUUAGAAUUUACUUGUGAACGUGAUACUUAUAAUACUGUUUGUGCUCCGUACCUUUUUAUUAUUUCUAGCAGUACUGCAGCCCUCCGAGAGUAACUUAAAUAUACAAACAUGUCUACAUCGGCUGAUAACACAAACCAAGCAACCAGCGUAGCCGUAGCUCCCGCUACCUGCAUGGAGUCUGUGAACCGGGUUGCCAAACUGCCCGUGGUCGAAUCCACUCUCCAGACCGCGCAUAACCUUUAUGAAAAAGUCAAAGAAUACAAUAAUGUGACCCACUGGACCCUACAAACCGCCGAGGAUACCGCUUUCAAAGCGGUUGAUAUCGCCAAACCCUAUGCCACCCCAGUUAUCAAAAACCUGGAAGGGCCGAUAAAAAAGGUGGAUGGGGUGCUGUGCUCUGGAUUGGAUUACGUAGAGAGCAAAGUGCCCGCCGUUAAACUACCACCUAAAGAAAUUCUUCUACAGAUCUACGAAAACACCAAAGAGUACGUGACCCCCGCGAUGGAAACCGCUAAAUCUUACGUAGAGCCGGCGGUUAAAACCGCCAAAGAUGUCUUGGAGCCGGCGUUCGAGAAGACCCGCAGCGUUGUAGAGCCUAUCGUGGAGCCUAUUGUAGAAAACGUUAGGCAUAAGGUUGACGAGUACUUGCAUAGAAACCAAGAAGCUUCAACAGCAGCCGAAGCAGAACAGACUGAAGAGGCUUCGCCUAAGCAAGAAACUUCACCUGGCAAACACUAGUGUUGGCAGUCUGAAUAGUUCCACUGGUCCAGAUACAUCUUCUUAAUGUUGUGUUUAUUAUUAAAUAAUUAUUUGUUUUAUUGUUAUAGUAUUUUUCAAGCACAUUAUUUAAGUCUUUGAUUGUAAAAAAAACGUUUGUAUUUUUAUAUGGCUCAAAAAGGUUACACUUAAGACUGUUUAAAAAUAGGUAAAUACUCCUCAUACAUUUAUUAGACUAAGUUACAUUUAUAGGUUCAUAUUGUAUUCUAUUUUAUGUGUUUUGUUUUUAAUUGAAAAUAAAUUAUUAUAUUUGAA